UUAAAAAAGUGUUGCCAUUUUGCAGGUCUGUCACUGGAGCGUUCAACCAACUCAAUUGCGUCACGUGCUCGACUGUGUGAAAGGGAGGAGGAAGUCAUGGCUUGUUUUGAGACAGCGUGUGUCAUUGCCCAGGUGUACUUGCAGGAGCUUGAAAAGACCUUAAACAACACACAUUCAAGAAGUAUCAAGGGCAGCAACGUGACUUACUCUGAGUUUGAACUUUCCUACUUCCUGGAAGCAGCUCUGCAGAGUGCCUACGUGACUCAUUUAAAGAAGGGAAAUAUUGUGAAAGGAAUGAGGAGUCUGCGAGAAAUACUACGGACUGUGGAAACAAAAGCUACUCAAACCUUCAAAAUGACUGCAGCCAAACAGCUAGCCCAAGUACUUCUCCAUUCUCUCAGUGAAGACUGUUACUGGAGCCCUUUAUCUGAUCCGCUUCCUGAGUUCAUGAACAAGGAAGAUCAGUCUUAUGUUAGCAAUCUUCUUUGUCGGAGGCCCGAGCUGUACACAGAAGAGAAUGCGUACUGCCCUCAAGACAACGUAGAAGAGGCUCUUCUUCUCCUUUUAAUCAGUGAAUCCAUGGCAAACCGGGAUGCAGUGAUCAGCCGAGCCCCAGACCAGCAAGAUGACCGAGCUGUCAGCCUCCGGGAUGCUUCUGCAGUCUACGACCUCCUCAGCAUCACGCUGGGCAGAAGAGGGCAGUAUGUCAUGCUUUCUGAGUGCUUGGAGAGAGCCAUGAAGUUUGCAUUUGAUGAAUUUCACCUCUGGUACCAGCUUGCCCUGUCCAUGGUGGCUUGUGGAAAGUCAGCGUAUGCUGUGUCAGUACUUAAAGAGUGUGCUAAACUGCGACCUACAGAUCCCACCGUUCCUCUUCUGGCUGCCAAGGUCUGCAUUGGGUCACUGCACUGGCUGGAAGAAGGAGAAUACUUUGCUAAAAUGGUGAUAGACCUGGGUGAGGAUGCUGGAGAGUCCCUAGCGAAGGGUUACCUGGCACUGGGCCUGACAUAUAGUCUUCAAGCUACUGAUGGUCUGGUGAAGAAUCCAUUGAAGACAGGGGAAGCUACUCUGAAGGGCACUCAGGAUGAAUUAAACAAGAAAGCACUUCAGACUUUGGAGAGAGCGCGUGACUUGGCCCCGGAAGAUCACCAAAUCAUCCUCUACCUAUCGCUGCAGCUGGCUCUUGUCAGACAGAUUUCUGAUGCUAUAGAACAUCUUCAAGAAGCACUGCAACUGUGCAAAGAUGACAUGAAUUCACUUCAUCUACUGGCCCUCCUCUUUUCAGCUCAGAAGCACUAUCAGCAUGCACUGGAUAUUAUCAACAUGGCUGUUGUUGAAUACCCGGAAAGCUUUAGUUUACUCUUCACCAAAGUAAAACUGGAAUGGAUGCAUAAAGGACCUGAAGAGGCUCUGGUGACAUGCAGACAUAUGUUGCAGAUGUGGCAGAUGGUAUAUAGUGUUUUACAGCACAGUGGCUCUGAGAAAGGAAGUAGUGUGACUGAAACACCAGUGAUCAAAAAGCAUAACGGACUGCAUCUCACGCUCCCAGAUGCUCAUGAUACCGACUCUGGAUCACAGCGAGCCUCUUCCCUUGCUGCAUCAAGACUGGAGCAGGCCAUGUCUGAAAUAACUAUGCAGAGCAGCGCAAUGAAGCAAGGACCUAUGCAGCUGUGGACAGCUCUUGAACAAAUUUGGCUACAAGCUGCUGAACUCUUCAUGGAACAACAGCAUCUCAAAGAAGCAGGCUUUUGUAUCCAGGAGGCAGCUAGUCUUUUCCCCACUUCUCAUGCUGUACUGUACAUGCGUGGGAGGCUUGCAGAGAUGAAAGGCAAUUUGGAGGAGGCUAGGCAAUUGUAUGAUGAAGCGCUCACAGUGAAUCCAGAUGGAGUGGAAAUUAUGCACAGCCUGGGCCUGGUGCUGAGCAGACUUGGACGGAGGGACCUGGCCCAGAAAGUCCUCAGAGAUGCCAUCCGGAUCCAGACCACCAGUCACAGGGCCUGGAACAGCCUUGGAGAGGUCUUGCAAGCUCAGGGGAAAAAUGAAGCAGCCAUCGAAUGCUUCCUCACCGCUCUGGACCUCGAAUCCAGCAGUCCUGUCAUCCCGUUCACUGUCAUACCCAGGGAGCUCUGA